GGGAGAGGCGGAGCCCGGCCGGAGGCGGGGAAGGCGGGAGCUGGAGGUGGAGGCGGGGCCGCCGGCCCGGGCGCUGCGUGCCGCGGCGCCUGUGCGGGCCCUCGGGGCUGCGCGAGCAGGUCUAGGACGCUGAUCGGUGCGUCUCCGCCGCACCCGGGGGCCGUGACGGACAGGGAACAACUUACUGGUGAAACCUGGAGACGCUGGAGAACUAAAUUCACAGACUGAGAGUAACUGACUUAAAUUACAGUUUUAAAGAGAUGCCUACAUAGAAGAGUGACAGCAGCUGGGCUGAAUGUUUCACUGCUGAACUGGUUCCUCAGGUAUCCUGGCUCUGGCGAUUGCUAUGGGAGAUUGGAUGACUGUUACAGAUCCAGGUCUGUCUUCAGAAAGCAAAUAUAUCUCUCAAUAUACCUCAGAAACAAAGAUGUCUCCAUCAAGUUUAUACUCACAGCAAGUGCUAUGCUCUUCAAUACCUUUAUCAAAAAAUGUGCACAGUUUUUUUAGUGCCUUCUGCACAGAAGAGAAUAUUGAACAAAGUAUUUCAUAUCUUGAUCAGGAAUUGACUACUUUCGGUUUUCCUUCAUUAUAUGAAGAAUCCAAAGGUAAAGAGACAAAGAGAGAAUUAAAUAUAGUUGCUGUUUUAAAUUGUAUGAAUGAGCUACUUGUACUUCAGCGGAAGAACCUUCUAGCUCAGGAAAAUGUGGAAACACAGAAUCUGAAACUGGGAAGCGAUAUGGACCAUCUGCAGAACUGCUAUGCAAAACUUAAGGAGCAGCUGGAAACCUCCAGGAGAGAAAUGAUUGGUCUUCAGGAAAGAGACAGACAGUUACAGUGCAAGAACAGGAAUUUGCAUCAGCUACUGAAAAAUGAGAAAGAUGAGGUGCAGAAAUUACAAAACAUUAUUGCAAGUCGAGCUACUCAAUAUAAUCAUGAUAUGAAGAGAAAAGAGCGUGAAUAUAAUAAACUAAAGGAACGUCUACAUCAACUUGUUAUGAACAAGAAGGAUAAAAAAAUAGCUAUGGAAGUUUUAAAUUACGUGGGGAGAGCAGAUGGAAAAAGAGGCUCCUGGAGGACGGGUAAAACUGAAGCCAGUUUCUUUCUCAGGAACGAAGAUGAAAUGUAUAAAAUUCUCUUGAAUGAUUAUGAAUAUCGUCAGAAACAAAUCCUAAUGGAAAAUGCUGAACUUAAGAAGGUUCUUCAGCAAAUGAAAAAGGAAAUGAUUUCUCUUCUUUCUCCCCAAAAGCAGAAACCUAGAGAAAGAGCAGAUGAUAGUACAGGAACUGUUAUCUCUGAUAUUGAAGAAGAUGCUGGGGAACUGAGUAGAGAGAGUACGUGGGACCUUUCCUGUGAAACUGUGAGAGAGCAGCUUACCAACAGCAUCAGAAAACAGUGGAGAAUUUUGAAAAGUCAUGUAGAAAAACUUGAUAACCAAGUUUCAAAGGUACACCUAGAAGGUUUUAAUGAUGAAGAUGUAAUCUCACGUCAAGACCAUGAACAAGAAACUGAAAAACUUGAGUUAGAAAUUCAACAGUGUAAAGAAAUGAUUAAAACUCAGCAGCAACUUUUACAGCAGCAGCUCGCUACUGCGUGUGAUGAUGACACCACUUCACUGCUCCGAGACUGUUACUUGUUGGAAGAAAAGGAACGCCUCAAAGAAGAAUGGUCCCUAUUUAAGGAGCAAAAGAAGAAUUUCGAGAAAGAAAGACGAAGCUUUACAGAAGCAGCUAUUCGCCUAGGAUUGGAGAGAAAGGCAUUUGAAGAAGAAAGAGCCAGUUGGUUAAAGCAACAGUUUCUAAAUAUGACUACCUUUGACCACCAGAACUCAGAAAAUGUGAAACUUUUCAGUGCCUUCUCAGGAAGUUCUGAUCGGGACAACCCUACAGUACACUCGAGGCCACGGCAAAAGAAGCCUCACGGUGCGCCUAGUGGGUCUCCAGUUUGCACGUCUAAGCUUACUAAAUCUCUUCCUGCUUCUCCUUCGACUUCAGACUUUUGCCAGACGCGUUCCUGUGUAUCUGAAUAUAGUUCUAUCAGUGUACUAAAUACAACCCCUGAAGAAUCUAAGCCAAAUCAGGUUGGAAGAGAAUGUACAAAUCAGAAGUGGAGCGUGGCGUCAAGGCCUGAUUCACAGGAAGGUUGCUGUAGUGGAUGCUCCUCGACCCACGCAGACGCUCACAUAGAGAAGGAUGACUUACCUUAGACAUGUGAACUGGGAUUUUUUUUUUUUUUUCAUUAACAUGUUCAUCAAAUUUCACAUCUGAGUUGAAACAGGGUGUGUUAUAAAGUCAAUCAUCUCUAAUAAUUUAAAAUGGUCUGUGUUGUUUGUUUGGACUUCCCUGUUCCUCCCCCAAAGAGCUAAAGUGUUAAAUCUAUUUAAAAGGAUAUAAAAGCUUUGGAUAUGUAUUUUUAGUAACAGAAGCACCUGGUUCUGUGAAUAAAGGAAUGUAUAAACGUUUGGAUGCAAACAAAGCACUAGAAUGAGUUUCCUCUUAUAGGUAUUAAAAAAUAGCACUUUUAGGAAACUGAUUAUUGUAAAUGUUUAAUUUUGUCUCAUAUAUAGUUGGCAUUGGAAGUUUAGCCUUUCCUUGAAUGUAUACUGUAGCUUUUUAACAAAGCAAGUUAUAUAUUUAUUAUGUUUAGUGUGAUUUGAAAUACCCUCUUUCAUAUGUUUUAAAUAAAGUGAAAUUUAUGUAUGUUUUGUACAUAGAUAUACAUGAUUAUGUUAAGAGGCUUUAAGAUUUAAAGAUUUUACACAUCCAUAAUUAUAGUAUUUCAUGCCAAUAAAAUUUUUAUUAGUGAUAUUCUGUUUACAGAUGUAUUAGAGCCAUUGCCACCUUAUGUUUAAGAAUUUUUUGAACCCAUCUGAGCAAUAAAUACUGAAAAGGUAUUCCAUGAAGCCAAGUUCUUUAGAUCAUUAACAUUACUAAUGUUACAUUUUGGAGAUUUCUAUAGCAUUAGGUUCUUUUACUAUGCAGGAUACUACAAUUUUUCAAAGGAUUAUUGAUUUUAGCAUAAUAGAGGUAAGACAAGAGUACCUUUGGAUGAAACAAUUUAAGAAUAUUGGCUUAGGAUAUUUGGAUGAUAGAAGAUAUUAAGAUAUUUAAGAUGUUUGGAUGGUGAUAUUUUCUCUACCAGAUGGGUACCCAUACCGUAACACCUGUACCAGCAAAGGCUUUGUAUAAUUGCCAGUAAUUCUUUAAUACUUUUUCAAUGAGAUAUUUACUGAUAAGGAAAUCUGAUAACAUAAAAGCAUCAGAUUUUAUAGUCCAGAUAUGAUACUCUGGACAAACUUGUCAUUUCACUUUCAGGACUGAUUGCAUGAUUCUUCAUGGUUGUUGUUGUUAUUAUUAUUGAUAGUGAGAAUAAUGUAAGUGUGGGCCCAAGCACUUUCCUAGAAUUUUCAUCAGAAAGCUUUAAGUACCUAACUCUAUUUGUCUCUGCAUGUAGAAGCCUACACAUAUCCAGUCCUUGCUAUAGGUGUUGUAGUUUAGGCCCAUCUGCCUUCCCAUUUUCUAGCAGUUUAACCAUUUGUAUUCACUCACCUGGUUGUGGCUGUUCAGUUUAAAUUUGUCAUGUUAAAAAAGUACUUUUGUCGGGCUUCCCUGGUGGCGCAAUGGUUGAGAGUCUGCCUGCCGAUGCAGGGGACACGGGUUCGUGCCCCGGUCUGGGAAGAUCCCACAUGCCGCGGCACGGCUGGGCCCGUGAGCCAUGGCCGCUGAGCCUGCGCAUCUGGAGCCUGUGCUCCGCAGCGGGAGAGGCCACAACAGUGAGAGGCCCAUGUACUGGGGGAAAAAAAAAAAAGUACUUUU